CGUGCACGCACCGAGACGCCUUGCGGGAGCGAGCGCGUGCCGGAGCCGGCGGGCCGAGGAUAGCAGCUGGUUGGGAGACUCGCGCCAGUGGCUCAGAUUACCUGUGGAAUAUAAGCAAUGGAUUCCUUGGACCAUAUGCUGACGGAUCCCCUGGAACUGGGUCCAUGUGGAGAUGGCCAUGGCACACGUAUUAUGGAGGACUGCCUCCUGGGGGGCACCAGGGUUAGUCUGCCCGAGGACCUUCUGGAGGAUCCCGAGAUAUUCUUUGAUGUAGUCAGCCUCUCCACAUGGCGGGAAGUAUUGAGUGACUCUCAGCGUGAACACCUCCAGCGGUUUCUGCCUCACUUUCCUGAAGACAGUAUUGAGCAGCAAAGUCAGCUCAUCCUGGCGCUGUUCAGUGGGGAGAACUUCCGCUUCGGGAACCCUCUUCACAUCGCACAGAAGCUUUUCCGAGACGGACACUUUAACCCUGAGGUGGUCAAGUAUCGGCAGCUCUGCUUCAAGUCCCAGUACAAGCGAUACCUCAGCUCUCAGCAGCAGUAUUUCCAUCGGCUGCUGAAGCAGAUUCUGGCUUCCCGGAGUGACCUGCUGGAGAUGGCCCGCCGCAGUGGACCGGCCCUUCCCUUCCGGCAGAAGCGCCCUUCCCCGUCCCGCACCCCUGAGGAGCGGGAGUGGCGGACGCAGCAGCGCUACUUGAAAGUCUUGAGGGAGGUGAAGGAGGAGUGUGGUGACACAGCCCUGUCAUCUGAUGAAGAGGCCACGUUGGAUUUACAAGAAAAAUUUUCUUUUGAAGAUCUCAACUCAUGGCUUCCGAGCUCUCCAGCGCGUUCUCCUAGCCCUGCGGUGCCCCUGAGGGUGGUGCCCACACUUUCAACCACGGAUAUGAAAACCGCAGAUAAAAUAGAACUGGGGGAAAGUGACCUGAAGAUUAUGUUAAAGAAGCACCAUGAGAAGCGGAAACAUCAACCAGAUCACCCGGACCUUUUGACAGGGGACCUGACUCUCAAUGACAUCAUGACUCGAGUAAAUGCUGGCAGGAAGGGCUCUCUAGCAGCUCUAUAUGACUUGGCUGUCCUUAAAAAAAAGGUUAAGGAAAAAGAGGAAAAGAAGAAGAAGAAAAUAAAAAUGAUCAAGUCAGAGGAGGAUUUGGCUGAGCCCUUGAGCAGCACUGAGGGGGCCCCGCCUCUCUCCCGGGCUCCAUCUCCACUGGCAGCACCUGCCAUUAAGGAGGAGCCUCUGGAAGAUCUCAAGCCUUGCCUUGGAAUCAAUGAAAUAUCUUCCAGCUUCUUCUCGCUUCUGUUAGAAAUCUUAUUGCUGGAGGGGCAGGCUAGCCUUCCUAUGCUGGAGGAGCGAGUUUUGGAUUGGCAGUCGUCUCCCGCCAGCUCCCUCAAUAGCUGGUUCUCUGUGGCCCCCAACUGGGCAGAGUUGGUGUUACCAGCCCUGCAGUAUCUUGCUGGAGAAAGCCGUGCUGUACCCUCAAGUUUCUCUCCAUUUGUUGAAUUCAAAGAGAAGACCCAGCAGUGGAAAUUGCUUGGCCAAUCCCAAGAUAAUGAAAAGGAAUUAGCUGCACUCUUUCAGCUGUGGCUAGAAACCAAAGACCAGGCCUUCUGUAAGCAAGAAAAUGAAGACAGCUCAGAUGCGACAACACCUGUUCCUCGGGUAAGAACUGACUACGUGGUGCGGCCCAGCACAGGGGAGGAGAAACGAGUUUUCCAGGAGCAGGAGCGGUACAGAUAUAGCCAACCCCAUAAGGCAUUCACCUUUCGCAUGCAUGGCUUUGAGUCUGUAGUGGGGCCUGUGAAGGGCGUGUUUGACAAGGAGACCUCACUCAACAAGGCUCGGGAGCACUCCUUGCUGCGCUCUGACCGGCCUGCCUAUGUCACCAUCCUGUCGCUCGUCCGAGAUGCCGCGGCCCGGCUGCCUAACGGAGAAGGCACUCGAGCAGAGAUCUGUGAAUUGCUCAAGGACUCCCAGUUUCUUGCACCAGAUGUCACCAGCACUCAGGUGAAUACAGUAGUGAGUGGUGCACUGGAUCGGCUACAUUAUGAAAAAGACCCGUGUGUGAAAUACGACAUUGGACGAAAGCUGUGGAUCUACCUGCAUCGUGACCGGAGCGAGGAAGAGUUUGAGCGGAUUCACCAAGCACAAGCAGCUGCAGCUAAAGCCAGAAAAGCCCUUCAGCAAAAACCCAAGCCCCCAUCCAAGGUGAAGUCCAGUAGCAAGGAGAAUUCACUGAAGAUCCUCAGUGGUGGCCCUUCUGAGCAGAGCCAGAUGAGUCUCAGUGACUCCAGCAUGCCCCCCACCCCAGUGACCCCGGUGACCCCCACCACGCCAGCUUUGCCCACCACUCCCAUCUCCCCUCCACCUGUGUCAUCCGUGAACAAAAGUGGCUCUACUGCUAUCUCAGAACCAGCUAAAUCCAGCUCAGGUGUUCUUCUGGUAUCUUCACCAACCAUGCCACAGCUAGGAACAAUGCUUUCCCCUGCUUCCAGCCAGACUCCACCAAAUUCUCAGGCUGCCCGUGUCGUGAGCCACUCUGGCUCGGCUGGACUGCCCCAAGUGCGGGUAGUGGCCCAGCCUAGCCUUCCUACUGUUACUCAGCAGUCAGCAGGGCCGACACAGACGCUGCCACAGAUGCCGGCAGGACCACAGAUUCGCGUUCCAGCCACUGUUGCACAGACCAAAGUUGUGCCCCAGACAGUAAUGGCCACCGUUCCAGUCAAAGCUCAGACCACAGCGGCCAGUGUGCAGCGGCCUGGAUCCGGGCCGACAGGGCUCACGGUGGCGAGUCUUCCUGCCACAGCCAGCCCUGCAAGCAAGCCGGCCACGAGUUCUCCUGGCAGCUCUGCCCCGAGUGCUUCCCCGGCUGCUGUCAUUCAGAAUGUCACGGGACAGAACAUCAUCAAGCAGGUGGCAAUCACUGGGCAGCUUGGUGUGAAGCCCCAGACAGGCAACAGCAUUCCACUGACAGCCACUAACUUCCGUAUCCAGGGUAAGGAUGUAUUGCGUCUGCCGCCCUCUUCCAUCACCACAGAUGCCAAAGGCCAGACGGUUCUGCGAAUCACUCCGGACAUGAUGGCCACGUUGGCCAAGUCCCAGGUUACUACAGUCAAAUUGACCCAGGACCUCUUCGGGACAGGAAGCGGCACUGCAGGCAAAGGCAUCUCGGCCACCUUACACGUCACCUCCAAUCCAGUCCAUGCAGCUGACAGCCCUGCCAAGGCCAGUUCAGCCAGUGCCCCUUCAUCCACUCCAACAGGUACCACCGUGGUCAAAGUGACUCCUGACCUCAAGCCAACAGAAGCCUCAAGUUCAGCUUUUCGCUUGAUGCCAGCACUUGGUGUGAGUGUGGCAGACCAGAAGGGGAAGAACACAGUGGCCUCUUCAGAAGCGAAACCAGCUGCCACAAUCCGCAUCGUGCAGGGCUUGGGAGUGAUGCCUCCCAAGGCAGGCCAGACCAUCACAGUUGCAACCCACGCCAAGCAAGGGUCCUCAGUGGCCAGUGGGUCUGGAACUGUCCAUACUUCAGCGGUGUCCUUGCCCAGUAUGAAUGCUGCCGUGUCCAAGACUGUGGCUGUGGCUUCUGGGGCUGCAAGCACCCCCAUCAGCAUCGGGACAGGAGCCCCCACUGUGCGGCAGGUCCCUGUCAGCACUGCAGUUGUUUCCACAUCUCAGGCUGGGAAGCUGCCUACACGGAUCACCGUUCCGCUUUCUGUGAUCAGCCAGCCUAUGAAGGGCAAGAGUGUGGUCACAGCCCCCAUCAUCAAAGGCAACCUUGGAGCCAACCUCAGUGGGCUGGGCCGCAACAUCAUCCUUACCACCAUGCCUGCGGGUACUAAACUCAUUGCUGGCAAUAAGCCUGUUAGUUUCCUCACUGCCCAGCAGUUGCAGCAUCUUCAGCAACAAGGACAGGCCACACAGGUGCGCAUCCAGACUGUGCCUGCAUCCCAUCUUCAACAGGGAACAGCUUCUGGUUCCUCCAAAGCAGUGUCUACUGUUGUCGUGACCACAGCUCCAUCUCCUAAACAGGCACCGGAACAACAGUGAUUCGGAGGGAGAAAGAUGGCUUCCACAAAAGCCCAGACCUGCUCUGCCCUUCUGGCUGAAGGGAAGGGAGCAGAGAGGUUGCAUCAUUUCUCUGAGCUUGUCCGUGUAAGGAAGGCCAGUAGUGGGAUGAUGGCAACAGUGGCUUGGAUUCUGCUGCCACACUCCACAGUGGAGUACACUGAGAAAGGUUCACUCCAUAGUUCCAAGGUCUGGUCUAUACCGAUCCGGGCGAAGCUUCUCUUAGAAUCGUGUGAGGUCAUAGUUGUGUCACACAAGCCAAAGUUCUCUCCUGAGAGCAAGACACCGAGGGAAGCCUCAGAGUUGAGGGGCAGCUGUUGUAAGCCUUUACAGUCGCAGAGUGUGCAGACAGUGAAUAAGCCUCGUUCUGUAUAUGGAUUGUAUUUUUUAGCUUCUGGUCGUCUCCAUGACUAGUGGUCUGGAUAGGAGUUUUUUUAAGUUAUUUUUUUAAAGUACCUCUUGUACAUCUUUAUCAAAUAGAAACCUGGGCUUUCACCCGCUAAACUGAGUACUUAUUCUUUUGAGCAAAAUGAGAGAAUAGCAAGAUUUUUAGUAAGCUGGUGGCUGACUUGAUAACUCCAUGGUAAUGGAGAGGCUUUAAGAUGGGAAAGAAGCAUGGGAAGUGAGAUGGGUGGGCUCCCUGCAAUGGGAGUAGUUUGGUACUCCCUCUUAAAGAUGGGGUAUCAGGAUCAUGAUUGUGGUCCAUAUCUUCACCUGCUGACUUUGUCCUCCUUAUCAGGCCUGUUCACACGCAGUUCCAGAGUCAGAGGACAGAGUAGGUGAAUGUCAGCAGAGAUGCUGCUUUUGCAGCAUAAGCUUUAUUGCAGUUCAGAGAUUAUAGGUCCUCCUUUGCUCUAGGGCAAGAGUCAGCAAACCACGGCCCUUGGGCUGCCUACUCGUUUUUGUAAAUAAAGUUUUAUUGGAACACAACCCACACCCAUUUGUUUAUGUAUUAUCUGUGGCUGCUUUCAAUUAGAAGGCAGAACUGAGUAGUUGCCCUAGAGACCAUAUGGCCCUCAUGCCUAAAAUAUUUCUUAUGUGGCCCUUUAAGUAAAACUUGCUGAUUUCUGCUCUGGAGCAAAGAUGGCAAGAAGCGAGUAGGUGUGCCUCCUAGGCAGCACCAACCAUAGCAGAGGGCAGCCUGCCUGUCAGGUCAUUUAAUCUUGGUAAUUUCACACAUCUCAGCCUCCAUCAAGCUGCAGGUGGAGCUCAGAACAAUAUUUUAAAAUGUAAUAAGUCAUUAAAGCGCUGGGUGUUAACGAUAUAUGCCUCUUUUGUAUUGAGCAGGGGUUGGGUGAUGGAGCUUUUCUACAGUGACAGGGCUUCCUUAUCUCUCUUGAAAGUGUCCAGAUUAUUAAAAAUGUAUCUUUAA